CCAGCAUGAGCGUUGUAACUGCAGAAUUUCCCCGUUUCUCAAACACUCUCGUAUUCGACUAGCUCACCUCCACCGCUUCAGCCCAAGUAUUCACCAUGCCGUCCUACGCUAUUGUUGGUGCUUCUCGUGGCAUUGGCUUGGAGUUCGUUAAGCAAUUGAGCGCAGACCCGAAGAACGUCGUGUUCGGCCUUGUGCGCAACCCCGCGGGCUCGACGAAGCUCACCGAGAUCAAGGCCCCCAACGUGCAUGUUGUGAAGGCCGACAUUACCGACAGGAAGUCACUAGAUGCUGCAGCAGCUGAGGUCGCAAAGGUGACUGGCGGAAGCCUCGACGUCCUCGUCAACAAUGCUGCCCUCCUUCCCGAAGGCCGCACGCAGCGCAGCCUGGGUGGCUACGGCCCCGACGAGCAGGAGACGCUUGCAGAGGACCUCCGGGAGGCGUUCAACGUGAACGUUGUUGGUGUUGUGCACAGCAUCAACGCUUUCCUCCCGCUCCUCAAGAAGGGCUCCCUCAAGAAGGUUAUCACCCUCUCCACGGGUACUGCCGACGUCGACUUCACCCUCAAAGUCAACUUCCCGAUUACCGCCCCCUACUCCAUCUCCAAGGCCGCCCUGAACAUGGUCGUCGCGAAGUACGCCGUGGAGUACAAGAACGAGGGCAUCGCCUUCCUGGCUAUCAGCCCAGGCCUUGUAAACACCUCGGAGAAGCCUCCUUCACCUGAGGAACUCGAAGUCUUCAAGGCUCUAAUUGCUACCUUCCAGAAGGAUUACCCUCACUGGAACGGUCCUAUCACUCCCGAGGAGUCCGUGAAGUUGAUGUUGAAGGUCAUUAAUGGAUUCACCAUCGAGCAGACGGGAGCCUUCGUGUCGCACUACGGAAACAAGCAGUGGCUGUAAAUGGACUUCGGACAUCUUGCAUCAAGACAACGUUGUAAUAUAGCUGCAUAGUACAAAUAUAAUCG